UCUGCUGGUCACAUUGGGUCAUUGUGAAAUCGUUUUUCGUCGUGUGCGUUCUCUGUGAAGAAGUCUUGAAAUUUAUAGUUUGUUCAACUAAUUAAACGUUUUUGAUUUAAAUAAAGAAGAAAAAUGGCCCGUACUAAGCAGACCGCCCGUAAGUCAACUGGAGGCAAGGCUCCACGUAAGCAGCUGGCCACCAAGGCUGCUAGGAAGUCGGCCCCGUCCACCGGUGGUGUCAAGAAGCCACAUCGUUAUCGUCCCGGAACGGUUGCUCUUCGUGAAAUCCGUCGUUACCAGAAGUCGACUGAGCUGCUUAUCCGCAAAUUGCCGUUCCAGCGUCUUGUUCGUGAGAUUGCUCAAGAUUUCAAGACCGAUCUCCGUUUCCAGUCGGCUGCCAUUGGUGCCCUUCAGGAAGCCUCUGAGGCCUAUUUGGUGGGACUUUUCGAAGACACCAACUUGUGCGCUAUCCACGCUAAGCGCGUCACUAUUAUGCCCAAGGACAUUCAGUUGGCGCGCCGCAUCCGAGGCGAGCGUGCUUAAGGAGGAGUAUGGCCACAGUUGAGUGUAACAAUUCCCUUUUCAAUGCUCGCGAUAGCGCUGUACUGCUCUCAACAACAACAACAAGCAGCACAAACAUCAUGCAAAUGGUCACGCCGCAUUGAAGGGGAAAACAAAAAAAAGUUGAUUAAUCAUCCAUUCAUACACUUACAUGUAUACACUUACCAUCUUUGUUUUCGAGCUAAGAAUAGUUUAGGAAAAACAAGUUUUUUUAAUUUAAUCAUUCUAACUGGCAUUCGGGCACACGAACACACCCGGACGCCCGAUUCGUAUCAACAUAUGGUCCCUGAAGAUCUAACUUAAACUUACAUACACAUAUGCGUAACACAUUAUUAUUAUUGCUAUUAUUAUUGUACAUUAGUUUAAGUUUUUUUUUCUAUAUAUACAUUUAUAUUGUAAGCCACCGUCGUCGCUGCGUCGCACACUAUGGCUCGCUCUCUCACCCAUCAAAAAGGUAUGACCUUCUGGCCCGCCGCUCUUGUCGUCUCGAACAUCGCCACCACAUCUCCAACUGCCGUGGACGUCGCGCUGUUUGCUGGCAGAUCCCAUAAACUAAUUGCCCUGUGGAGUGGUCCCGAAAGAAGCUGCUGCAUGGGGCAUGCCGCGCCAAUCACCAAGCGAGUGCGAAUGGGGACUGCCGGCAACAGCAAGUGAGCGGCGUUUGCGUGUGGCAAGGCGACAGGACGGUAUGCUCGGUUUGGCUAUGCCGGGCGAGGGAGCGAUGUCCAUGUGAAACGGCGAGCGAACAGAUGGUAGCCACACACCACACUUUAAAGACCCAACUUCAACAAAAACAACAACAACAUGUGAAAAUGGUAUCCAACAUAACACCGAAGACCGAAUUGAGUACACUUAUUUCUAAACAUAUAUACAUAUACCACGUAAAAAAAAUCAUACAUACAUACAUCUUGUAGACACUAGAUAUAAAUAUAUAUCUUGUUUUUCUUCCUUUCGUUAAUCCCGCAUACUCGCGUAACCGAACAGCGUUACAAGAAUAGACGACACACAUAUACCAUCCACCAUCCUGUGUGUUGCGGCGAGAGUAGGGAGCGAAACGAACGGAUUAAAACAGGUGGCCCCCGGCUCGCUCCGCUCUCUCUGUGUGGGGAGCGGGGACGAAGGUAGUUGAUUAAAUAAGUUUUAGAAUUACAUGCAUUUUAUACGUUUAGGCGAGAGAGAACGAACAGAAACAGAACGCUAACCCCUUGGAUGGUUGAGGGUUGGGGGAAUUCAAAAACACACAUAUUGCAGAUACAAGCGUAAAAUUUAACAACAAAUUACCCAAUAUUAUAUACAUAUGCUAUAUACUAAAAACAUACAUUAUAUACAUACAAACAUACAUAGAAAUAGUUUACCACAAAAUUCAGCAGAAAUCUUUAUCCUUAAGAUUACAUGAAAAGCGUAUAAGAAGUAUGAACCUAUAGCAUUCGAUAACAUCCAAAAUUACCCAAUAGAUACAACUAACGAAAAAAAA